AACCGUACAAACCAAGUGUUGUUGUUCUCCAUUGACUAUGUUAGCUCGAAUAACUCAUGCUAAUAGAGUCAAGAAUCCACACUUUUUCUCCAUCAAUACCUUCAGAUUUGUCCUUCGCCGCUUCAUCAGUGCUGCACCAACCCAUUUCUUGGUGGACCUUCUCAUUGAUUCUCUUGGAUUUUCAAGAGAAGAAGCAGUCACAAGAAGCAGCAAGAACCCAUCACGUAUAACGCGAAAUUGUAGAUGGCUUAAGGAUUUUAUUCAUAGAGUGGAGAAGGACCUUGGAAUCCCUCGUGAAUCGCGCACAUUCUUCAAUGGAAUUGCUGCCAUUGUUACGUUCCGUCCGUCAACUUUGGCAAAGAAGAUUGAUGUUUAUAAAAAUUUUGGUUGGUCUGAUGAACAUAUAAGAACCAUGACCAGAAAGUAUCCUUCUUGUUUGAGCACCUCGGAGGCGAAAAUCUGUAAACAGCUAACUUUUCUCAUGAAUGAAGUUGGCUACACGUCAGAGUAUUUAGCAUUUCAUUCUCGUCUAUUAACGCAUAGUUUGGAGAAGAGAGUGUUUCCAAGAUAUAGGGUCCUGGAAAUUUUAAAUGAAAAACAUCUCAAAAAAGGUGUGGGGUUAUACACUGCUGUUAGCAUGAUGCCAUCAACGUUUAUGGAAGCAAUUUUGCUGCCUUACAAGGAUAAAAUACCCAUUGCAUAUGAAUCAUUCAUGAAAUGUGUCGGAUGAAUAGAUAUUAUCAGUUUCAACUUGUUGAGGUAAGCAAUUUCUUUAUGGCUGUUUUCUAGUAUUCUUAUUCCGUUUUUGUUAUUGCUGUAAUUUGAUCUUUUUGGUUCCUUUUUUAAAAUUAGGGACUAUGUCCCUGUUAGACUAGAUGCUGUAUUGCCAUUAUCUGAUUGUGCAAUUCGAAACGAAAAAGUAUUCUUUGCUGAAGCCAUUGGUAAGUACGGUAGUCUACCACUCUACCUGUCUUGGCAAAUAGCUGGCACUAGUAGAAUGCAUUGAGGUGUGAUUCAAUCUUGCUUUACUCAAAAGGAUCUUGACUUUCUCUUCCUUUCAUAGAACCUCCUGUUUUUUAUUUUUUUACAUGUAUAGCCGAGAGAAAUCCCCAUGAACCAAUGGUGCACAGGUUGAAACUCAGUAGAUAACGGAUAUUUUCAUGAGUUUUCUGUGCUCAAAUCAUGUAUCUGGUCAAGAAAUUUCACUUUGGAAGUGAAGAUUCUUAACUUGUUUUGAAAAUGCCUGAUUGUAUGCAUGUCGUUUUACUUUUUCUAGUUGUGAUAUCCUAUUGUUGCUUUUUGAAUUAUGUGAAACGUCUAACUUGGAAUAAUGGUUCCAAAUAGGCUCUUUUCUUUUUUCAUUUUUUAUAUUUUAAUUUCAUUUGGGAUUUGCUGAUUCCCUUGUUGAGUCUGUAUAGAUAUCUGUGGCAUGUUGUGGUUAAAAUCUAAGCAUGUUUACACCCAAGGACGUGCCCUAGUAGUCAAUGAAGUGGGUUGAGAAUCAUGAGGUCAGGUUAAGUCACAGCAGAGACAAACCACUAGGCAAUUUAUUCACAUACGUCCUAGCCUUGGUGAACAAAGUAACUUGGUACUUGUUGUUGGUGGGAGGUGGCAGCCACCCUGUGGAAUAAGUCAAGGUGUGCUUGCCUGGACACCGUUGUUAUCAAAAAAGAAAAGCUAAGCAUGCUUUACACCGCUAUUUCUGGCAUUCUCAGAUAAACUAGAGAGUAAGGAAUAUCAUAAGAUUCAUUUGUGAUGAAAGGUACUACCUGAAGGAAAUAUUGUGAGAAAAGGAUGUUGUUGUGCUAUUCUACUAGCAAAUGCAAAAGACGUUGGGAAGUAGAAGAGCCUGUGUUUCUUUUGUUUUCCACCUAGCAGCAUGCAGAUUGAAAAUAAAACAUGUGUUGCUUGGUUAGAUUCUCAUAUUAUAUUUAACACGCUUCUGAGCCUAAAGUAGGUUUCUCGUUUCUUGUUCAUUUAGUUUAGGAGGCAACAACUAAGUUCAUUCAGCCAUCCAAGGCUCAUAGUGAAGAGUUUCAGUUUUACUAUCACUUGGACUGCAGGUAGAUCAAUUAUGUAACAAGAAAAUAGCAGCCAGAGAGAGUCUCAUGUAUAACAGGAAUUGUAUACUAUCAGUUCUAUUUUUAGGAGUAUUAGAAAAUGCAGACAGUAUAUAUUUGUGAUCAAUCUCUUCUUUGUUAA